AUGCCUGGAGCAGCGACGGCACAAAGUAACGGCGGGUGCGUAUCAUUACGAGGCUCAAAAGCAUGCCCAGCUUUUGGAUCGGCUUCCGUGUCGACCAACACCGGCAUGGUGCAGAUGUAUCCAUUCUUGCAAUUCGUAUCUGACACAGGGUCUUUCGACCAUCAAUUGUCCACUUACGUCGAGACAUCUUAUGUAAAAGACAAGUACCAAAGCUUAUUCGGCUGUGGUAAUAUCAACUUUACUGACCCGAGUAACAUGUACGCCCGGUAUACCACAACACUACUGUGCAACACCCUCAUUCAGAAGUCCAUCAGCCCCUGCUCGCUCAGUGGCGACGCGACGCGGCCUUUGUGUGCAGAUACAUGUGCCGACUUUGCCCAGAGCGAAGCCUACAUCACUGCUGACAAGAGUCUCUGUUCCAACCCCAGUCCUGAUUUGAGCAAACUAAUCCGCGCCGAUUUUGCGACGUGCUCUUUGCCCGAGGAUGCCCUCACCGACAGGUGCAUUGCCGGAUUCGACAAUGAGUCCGGCAACUGUGGUUACGGCAAUAGCACUAUUGGUCUCUGCUCUUACUGCGCCGCCGGAGGCACCAACUCAACCGAUACCUGCUGCUACAAUGCCAAUGCCGAGAAACGAUGCGAAGGUGUCAAGCUCCCUCACAUCACUGCGACCAUGACCUUUACGCCGCCAACCGCAACAUCAGCGCCAUCUUCAACAGGCAUUCCGACUGAUUCCAAUCGCAGCGAUGGCGGAAAUAAGCUCAGCGGUGGUGCCAUAGCAGGCAUUGUGAUCGGCUCCCUCGUUGCACUUGCCCUCUUGGCUCUGGCGGUUUUCUUCUGUCUCCGAGCCAUGCGCAGCCGACGUGGAAGCCAGCAGGGCAGCAUCUUCAACCAACCCUCCCCGGCUCGAAAGGGGCCCUUGAUGGCACAAGCUAAGCAGACGGCGCCGGAUGGGUAUGAAGUGCUCCCUGGCGGUCGUGUGGCCCGUAUGGCGGCGCUCGAGGGCCAUUCUGGCGGCUCGCUCGCGCAGCGAGACGGCAACAAUGGCGCCGCUGCUUUUGCGGGCGGUGCAGCUCACAAGGGAAGCGAUACCCAGUCCUCAUCUGACGAGUACGGUGAAUCCCCCGAACGCGGAGGUGUCUUGCGGCCGCCGCCAACGUCUAGAAGACAAGGUUCAUUGUCGAGCGGCUCUGUGCUCGGAAGCGAUGGCCCCCGAUCACCGGGUGGUGCUGGAUACUCUUCACCACUUGGCAUGGCUAGCCAGCAAUCGGAGCAGCUGCCGUUUUUCAAAGACUACUAUUCCCAAGAUGAUAUCCAUCCCUCGGACAAGGUGGCAGUUCUCUGGGCAUACCAGCCCCGCGCCGCUGACGAAUUCUCUCUUGAGCGCGGCGACAUGAUCAAGGUUGUUGGAAUUUGGGAUGACGGCUGGGCCACAGGCGUCAUGCUCGAUCAGCGCGCAGACGAUUGGGAAGCCAGACGGCAAGCCCAACGAGACAGUGACCAGGCCGGCAGACGGACGUCCAUGUACGGCACCAUCGACGACGAGCCUGCGCUUCUCGUCGUCGAACGCGCCCCGUUCCCUACCUCGGACGAGUACCUGGGCCGGAUCCCGGCGUCGCUCGCGGGACUCAAGAACCUCGGCGCCAACGACAUAUACAGCUGGAGCUUGGCCCGUAUGGGCAGCGACGACGAGCACGGGCCCAACGCGGAGCAGGCAGGUUUCGUCGCCGACUUGAAAAUCAACCUCAUCUACCCGUGCACGGAGACACACGUUCAAAAGUACAGCAAGCAGCGCGUGCGGUGCGUCACGGAAACGCCAGAGAUAUACAAGGAGUGUAUUAGACCGUACAUGCGGAGCAGACGCGACCAGGGACGACUGAACUGGGUGUUCAACAUCAUCGAGGGCCGAAAGGAGGCACAAGACGUCAUUUACAGGACGAAGCUGGGGGAGGCGGGCGACGAGGGCUUCCUCCUCCUGCCUGACCUGAACUGGGACCGCGGCACGCUGGACGCGCUGCACCUGCUGGCCAUUGUGGAGCGGCGCGACAUCUGGUCUCUGCGGGACCUGAAGAGGAAGCACAUCCCCUGGCUGGAGCACAUCAAGGACAAGCUGAUUAUGGCCACCGUCGAGACGUAUCCCUCCGUCGAACCGGACCAGCUGAAGCUGUAUGUGCACUACCAGCCCACCUACUACCACUUCCACAUCCACGUCGUCAACGUGGCGCUCGAGGCCGGCGCAACCCAGGCAACGGGGAAAGCCUUCGGGCUCGACGCCAUCAUAGAGACGCUCAAGGUCAUGGCUGGGGAUGAGGAGGCAGGCAUGGACGCGGUGUCAAUGACGUACACUCUUGGCGAGGCUAGCGAGUUGUGGAAAGAUGUAUAUGAGCCGCUUAAGAAGAGCGGUAGAGCUUCUCAAUAG